AUGUCUGCAUUGGAACCGCUUCAGGAGCCCGGACUGAAGCUGGAGGAGCUGAAAGAGGAGACAGAGGAGGAGCAGCUGUGUGUCUCAGAGUCCAGGUCUGAGUGUGUGAAGACCGGAGAGUCUGAAGAAGAGGACGCUCAGACCAGUCCCUUAAUGUGUCCUGGGCCUGGACUGAACCAGGGUCCGAACCAGGGUCUGAACCAGCGUGUGAACCAGCGUCUGAACCAGCGUCUGAACCAGCGUCUGAACCAGCGUGUGAACCAGCGUCUGAACCAGCGUGUGAACCAGGGUCCAAACCAUGGUCUGGAGAAGGAACUGGACAAUGGUCUGGAUCAGGGACUGGACAAUGGUCUGGAUCAGGGACUGGACAAUGGUCUGGAUGUGAAGCAGGAGAAAGAGGAGCUGGAGGAGCAGAGCAUCAGUCUGAAGCUUGACACGGAACCUGUCCCUGACUUGAACAUAGUGUAUGUGAAGACAGAGGAGCCCAAAGGAGACACAGAGGGAGAAUCGGAGCUCUCCUCUGACCGUGACGAAGACUCCACCGAGACCAGAGCCACAGCCGACACUGGAGACCAGUCCCAGACCAUGGGACCCCAGCACGAGUGUCCUGUCUCCAAUAAGCACACGGAGCUGUUUGUGGACAGCCAAUCAGAGCAGGGGCUGCAGCGGUCUGGCACUUCCGGGUCCCGGCGUGUUGUGGUUGUUGUUAGCUCUGAGCUAAAGCUAACAGGUUUGUCAAACAUGUCUGUGAAUGAAGCGGAAGAAGAGACGAGUCCUGGCCCACGAACGAACCAGGGUCUGGACCGGGGACUGAAACCGGGUCUGGACCAGGGACUGAAGCAGGAGAUGAAAGAAGAGCCAGAGGAACAGCGCGUUAGUCUGGAGCCACAACACAACACACAGUUGUGUGCGUACAGUGCUGCGUAUUUGAAGACUGAAAAGUUUGAGCCUAAAGAAGAAGAGGACACAGAGGGAGAAACCGACCACUCCUCUGACUAUGAUAAGGACUGUAGACCUAGUUUCAGCUGUAACAAAGUCCAAACCAGAGGCCGACGCCGAGCCGGUCUUCCCUCUAAACCCACAGCGGAGACCAGCGACAACGAUCUGGACCAGAGUUCUCCUGACUCUGAUGACCAAUUCUACACUGGGGAAUUCCGCUGUUCCAUCUGUAGGAAAGAGUUCAGCCUGCGCAGCAACCUAAGACGGCAUCAGCGAGAGAAGAACGAGGAUAAUCUGCAGAAAGCACCGUGUGUCCCAGACUCCAGAAAUAAAGCAGACGCACAGACGAGUCCUGGUCUGAACCACGGACUGAACCACGGACUGAACCACGGACUGAACCACGGACUGAACCACGGUCUGAACCACGGUCUGAAGCAGGAAGUCUCUGAGAUGAAAGAGGAGCCAGAGGAGCAGAGCCUCAGCCUGGAGCCACAGCACGACACACGCUGUGGGGCCGACUUGAGUAGUGUGUGUGUGAAGACCGAAGAUGACCACGAUGAAGACGAGAGCGCUCCUUUCAGCUGUUCGGAUCCAGAAGACGACGAGAGCAGAGAGGCGCUAAAAGAAAGGCCCGUCCCAGACUUGAAUAUUGUGUGUGUGAAGACAGAGGAGGACACAGAGGGAGAGACUGACCUGUCUUCUGACCGCGAUGAAGACGAGAGAGCUCCUCUAAGCUGCUCUGAUCCAGAAGAAGACGGCGACGGUCAAGCCAUGAGGAUUCAACUGUUCCCUGCACACAAGCCUCAUGCAGGGGAGAAACCCCUCAGUUGUUCAGUGUGUAGGAAAGGGUUCAUCUCCCGCAGAGGACUGAAGAACCAUGUUCGCCAGCACCACAGCGAGGAGCAGACUUACAGCUGUUCAGCGGCACUAAAGGAAGGGGUUGUCCCAGAAUGCAUCUCUGUUUGUGUGAAGACAGAAGAGGACACGCAGCGAGAGGACACGCAGCGAGAGGACACGCAGCGAGAGGACACGCAGCGAGAGGACACGCAGCGAGAGGACACGCAGCGAGAGGACACGCAGCGAGAGGACACGCAGCGAGAGGACACGCAGCGAGAGGACACGCAGCGAGAGGACACGCAGCGAGAGGACACGCAGCGAGAGGACACGCAGCGAGAGGACACGCAGCGAGAGGACGUCAGUGCAGAGACUGAGGGAGAGACGGACCACUCUUCUGACUAUGACAAGUCAGGAGACAGGCGUCCUAUGAAAGACAUAAACGAAGACCUUCCAGCUGUUCAGACUGAGACUGAAGCUUUGCCACAGGAGGCGCUAAAAGAAAGGUUUGUCCCAGAGUCCAGAGCCGAGUGUGUGAAGACGGAAGAGCCACGCCUUCACCCUGAACCCAAAGAAGACUCACAUACCGGCCCUUUAAGUCCUGGGUCCACCCUGGACCAGGGUCUGGACCAGGGUCUAAAGCAGGGUCUGGACCAGGGUCUAAAGCAGGGUCUGGACCAGGGUCUGGACCAGGGUCUGGACCAGGGUCUAAAGCAGGAGGUCACAGAGAUAAAGGAGGAGCCAGAGGAGCAGAGCGUCAGUCUGGAGAACGACACACUGUUGUGCGUCCCAGACUUGAAUAUUGUGUGUGUGAAGAUGGAGGAGGACACUGAGGGAGAAAGCGACCAUUCUUCCGACCGCGAUGAAGACGGGAGAGCUUUCAGCUGCUCAGAGUCUAGUGAAAACAGUGCAGACAAACUGUUCCACCUGCCAUCGACAGUUUUCCCAGAAGAGCAGCUUGGACCGACACAAGGAGCUGCACGUAACGGAGAGGCGCCACGGCUGGACCUGGCCCGGCUCCGACCCAGCUCCUCUCUCCGGGUCCGAGCUGGACUGACCUCUGACCCCUGA